AUGUUGGUUUGGGAUCGGGGCCGGGUCCACAGGGUGGAGCACGUCGAUAUAUUGCGUCAGGAGCGGACGGGGUGGAAGCGCCGCCGCCGCCCGCCACCCAGGCGGAGACACCUCUCCGCAGAGACGGCUUCGGCCAGCGGACGAGAGGGUCGGGCUUCGGCGGGCAGCUCUGCGCCGGCCAGCUUUCCCGGACGGGCUGGAGAGAUCUUCUUGCGCACCCACCGGCAAGGGCGCAGGAGAGAGCGGUGGGCAGGGUCGCCGUCGCGGGCGCCCGCCUCUCCGGCUGGAUCCGUCGCCCCGAAGGGGCCCCGGCUGGCGAGGGAGACCACUGGAGCAUCCGUCUGCGGUGGUGACGGAACGUCGGGAGGCUUCGGACAGCUGGCUCCCUUCAGUUCUCGGGAGCUUCGCAGCGUGAAGCAGGGAAAGCCGGUCAUGCCAAGGGAGCGGCUGUGGGUCUCAGGGCGCCAAGGCCCAAGGACAUCCCCACUCUCAAAGACCGAGCCUGGGGGGUCUUCGUCCUUUCAGCCACAACCCUUGAACCCUGGGGCUGGCCGCCGACUUGCAGGAGGAAAAAACCGAAGAUUCCGGGACAGGAAGGAGCGGCCAGUGGGGACCUCGGCCCUUGAGGAAGCACCUCAACUGGACGGCCAAAUCAUGGAGGUGCUUCAGGGGAGUCCAGAGUCGACGCUGGAACUGAAGCAGAAACGGGUUCAAGCUACAUCUUUGCUCUACCCACAACAUCUGGAGAGUCUCGACAUCUUCUUUACAUCGUGGUGACCAAACCGUGAAGCCCAAGGACCCACUCCAUCCAGGUAGCUCUCCAGCUAAAGCAGAGGACUCAAAGAGCCCACCCCCCCCCACCUCCAUGCCUCUUGCCAGCCACCUCCCAGA